AUGAUCAGAUCAGGUAAGCUGAAAUGAGACCGUCUGAGCCGCAAGAACAGGUGAAUGAUUACUGUAGGCCUACUGUUAAUGCCGUCGUCCAAAGAUAUCUUGUUAUCUUGGUCCCAUAACGAACAAAUAGUGGAUGUUUUGACGCGAGGAGUCCAAUUAACUUUAAUGAGAGCCCGAAUGAAAAGCGGAGAUACGCAACAAAAAGAGGUCGACAACUCGCCAAAAACCUGGAAUUAGUAGCAGGGUUGAGCUGAGAGGCGCCAUGCUGUCGGGGGAGGAGAUUCUGUGUAGCACGCGGCAAGUGAUAGCGGGCCUUGAGGCGCUGCGAGGUGAGAACCACACCCUCCUGGACAACCUGCAGGAGGUGCUGGAGGACCGGCCGGUGGCCGAGAGUGGCAGUGUGGAGCAGGAGAAGAGUGGAAUCAUCCGCCAGUCUCUGGAGAGGAUAGAGCUGGGCCUGGGAGAGGCACAGGUGAUGAUGGCUCUGUCGGCCCACCUGGGCUCCCUGGAGGCGGAGAAGCAGAAGCUGCGGACCCAGGUACGGAGGCUGUGCCAGGAAAACCAGUGGCUGAGGGACGAGCUGGCCGGGGCCCAGCAGAGGCUGCAGGACAGGGAGCAGGUGGUGGUCACGCUGGAGGAGCAGAACAGACACCUGCAGUUCAUGAGCAGUAUCCGCAAGUACGACCAGGAGUCGCCAUCACCGGAUGACAAAGAGACGGGCUCCACCAAGGAGUCCCUAGAUGACCUUUUCCCCACGGACGAGGAGGAACAGUCACAGAUAUCUCAGCCCCACGGUAGCAGUGCGGCAGCAGCGGCCCAGCAGGGAGGCUAUGAGAUCCCGGCCCGCCUGAGGACCCUUCAUAACCUGGUGAUCCAGUACGCCUCCCAGGGCCGCUACGAGGUGGCCGUGCCCCUCUGCAAACAGGCUCUGGAGGACCUGGAGAAGUCCUCAGGCCACAGCCACCCUGACGUGGCCACCAUGCUCAACAUACUGGCUCUGGUCUACAGAGACCAGAACAAGUACAAAGAGGCGGCUAACCUCCUGAAUGACGCGUUGGCCAUUCGGGAGAAGACCCUGGGCAUAGAUCACCCUGCGGUGGCAGCCACACUCAACAACCUUGCUGUACUGUAUGGAAAGAGAGGGAAGUACAAGGAGGCUGAGCCACUGUGUAAGAGAGCCCUGGAGAUCAGAGAGAAGGUGUUAGGCACGGACCACCCUGACGUGGCAAAACAGCUGAACAACCUGGCGCUGCUGUGUCAGAACCAGGGCAAGUACCAGGAAGUGGAGCAGUACUACGAGCGUGCCCUGCACAUCUACCAGAGCAGGCUGGGCCCCGACGACGCCAACGUGGCCAAGACCAAGAAUAACCUGGCUUCAUGUUACCUGAAACAAGGGAAGUACAGACAAGCUGAGGCUCUGUAUAAAGAGAUCCUGACCAGGGCCCAUGAAAAAGAGUUUGGAUCUGUGGAUGGUGAUGUGCGGGACAUCUGGACCCACACGGAAGAGGAGGGCUCCAUGCAGGAUGGACUGGGCAGUCUGAAGCGCAGCGGCUCAUUCACCAAGCUCCGCGAGUCGAUACGCAGGAGCAGCGAGAAGCUGGUCAGGAAGCUGAAAGGAGUCGGACCUCAAGAUACCACCCCUCCGACUCCUGGGAUGAAAAGGGCUAAUUCUCUGAAUGUGCUGAACGUGGGUGUGAGGGAGUGUCAAGAAGCAGCAAGGAACCCCUGCAGCCUGACAGAGAACCGAACCCUGAGCUCCAGCACCCAGAGUCUGGCACGGCGAGGAUCCCUCAGCUCUGCACACUACACCCCUGAACACUAGCACCCCCCCCCCCCC